AAUAUAUUAAUAAUAAGUAUUACGAAGAUUAGUUUUAGCCUAAGUAAGGAAAUUAUUACCCUAAGUAUAAUAAAAAUAAAGACGUACUUCGGAACAAUAACUUUUUAUAUUUUACCUAUUAAUACCCUAUUUCUUUUAUAUUUAAAAAAUAUAGAUCGACUCAGUAUUAUAUUUAAUAAUAUAAAGAAUAGAAUCUCUAGCGGUAAGUAUUUCGAAAUAGUUAAACGAUAA